AUGUUAUUAUCAAAUCCAAGCCCCGAUUCCAAAAGCCAAGCAAAUUAAACGUAGAUAGCGUUAGCUUCUACUCAAAACACAAAACACGCCCGGCGCCACUAUCACAAACAUCGCGAAAAUGUUCGGAGCUCAACCUUCAAUGCCGACGUUCGGCACUCCAUCUUCGACGCCGGCAUUCGGCACUCCAUCUUCGACGCCGGCAUUCGGCACUCCAUCUUCGACGCCAGCCUUCGGCACUCCGUCUUCAACUCCAGCCUUCGGCACACCGUCUUCGACGCCAGCCUUUGGUACUCCGUCUUCAACGCCAGCCUUCGGUGGUCCGUCUUUGACGCCUGGCUUUGGCACUCCGUCUACAGCGUCGUUCGGAUCUUCUUUAUUUUCAACUCCAUUCUCUUCACAACCUCAACAACAACAACAACAACAACAACAGCAGCAGCAGACUCCGCUUUUUCAGCAACCGGCUAAUAACGCAUUUACUGGAUUCGGAUUUCAAACUCAAUCUACCCCGUCACAGCCAACGCCCUUUCCAAAUUCUCAAUUGACUACUCAGAUGGCUCCUGUGGCCCCACUCCCCUUCUCUCUCGCCGAUCGCGACAUUCAGGCUAUUGUUGAUGCUUACAAGGACGACCCUACAAACCCUAAAUAUGCUUUUAAGCAUUUGUUGUUCAGUGUUACUGAACCGCAGUAUAGGGUGAAGCCAGCUGGCGUUUCUGAUAUCAUGUGGGCAGAAGCUAUGGGAAAACUAGAGGGUAUGGAUAGUACAGACAGAGAACGCUUAUGGCCUCAGCUUGUUCAGGGUUUCAAGGAUCUUUCACACCGCCUCAAGGUCCAGGAUGAAGUCAUUCUAUCAGAUGCUGAAAGAUUACGAAUUACUCAAAGCAAUGUGAAAACGCUUCAAAGGCAUUUUCAAGCUGAAACUCUACCAUGGAUUGAAAGAAUGAAACAAAAAGAGCAAAGCCUUCAAAGGCGUCUUUUAAGGGUAAUGAGAAUUGUUGAAGCAUUGGAGGGUAAAGGUUGUCGAUUACCCUUAAUGAAAGGAGAAGGUGAGUUGGCUGAGAAGUUAGCUGCAGUAACAAGACAGCUGAAAGGAUCUGGAGCGGAACUUUCUAGGAGGGUCCAAAGCCUCCUUACUGUGUCUCGUGUUCAAGCAAAUACCUUUGGUGCUGGUGGUUCUCUCUAUCUUCCAGGAUCAACUAAAAUACAUGAACAGAGUCUUGCAGACAUGCAAGAGGUUUUACAACAGCAGACUGAGGCCAUUGCAAGACUAGGCAAUGUGUUGAAGCGAGAUAUUAGGGACAUGGAGAUUAUAAUGGCUGAAGACACAGAGAUGACAGAAGAUGUGAGCUAAAAUGCCUGAUUUUCUUCAAUUAUUCUUUUGAGGUGGUUUAAACUUCGCAGUGGACCAAUUAGGAAAUUAACUGCUACUGUUAGAAUCAUGACUCCAACAUCGUUGUUGAAGUGAUGAUCGGAACAAAUCGAUAAAACCUCAGAGCUUAACAACUCACAUACAACAGGUCCCCAUUUCGUUCUUGUAUUUUUGUAAUUUUUUUUUUCCUUAGCAAAGCAGGCAUAGUGGGGUAGGAGUCCCAAUCUAGUAAUGAAUUUUCGGCUUAUGCUAAUCUGUUUGCCGUCAGCAAGUACAAGGCAAUGAGCUGUGAAUAAUAAGAAGAUUGUGACAAUUGUGUGGGGUUUUAGCCCAGCGCCACUUAAAGUUGAUGUAGAAAGCAUAUUGAAUCUAAGCACUUAAAAGAGAUCGAACCACUUAUCGCUCAUUCCACGGUGGCCAAUUUGAUUUUCCAUAUUGCUUGCGUUAAGGGGUAUGAGAAUCAAUGGAAUCCAUGCCCCGAAUAAUGCCAAGC